UGUACUUCCGCUCGUAGCUUUUUGUCUUCCUUUUUACUUCCGCAUAUAAAAAAUGACCUUCCGGUUAUGCACACUGACUGAAUGGAGCGUCUCCAGUGAAACAGUUAUAGUUUUAUAUCCUCAUGCACAAUGAGGAUCGUUACAUGGAACAUAAAUGGCAUAAGGACUUUCAGAGGCGGUAUUAAAAAGGCUCUUGAUUCCCUGGAUGCAGAUAUUAUCUGUGUUCAGGAGACAAAAGUGACAAGAGACCUGCUUGAUGAAAGAACUGCAGUUGUUGACGGCUACAACUCGUAUUACAGCUUCAGUCGGGGACGCAGUGGCUAUUCAGGGGUUGCCACUUACUGUAAAGACAGUGCCACUCCAUUUGCUGCCGAGGAAGGUCUCACAGGUCUGCUGACCAACCACGAAGGAGCCGUUGGAUGCUAUGGUGACCAGGCUGACUUCUGUAGCGAGGAGCUGCAGCUUUUGGACAACGAGGGAAGAGCCGUCAUCACACAGCACAGGCUCAUGUGUCAGGACAAGGAGAAAAUGGUCACUGUAAUCAAUGUAUACUGUCCACGGGCUGAUCCUGAAAAACCAGAGCGAAAGCAGUUCAAACUGCAGUUCUAUAAGUUGCUUCAGUGUCGGGCUGAAGCGAUACUGAAAAACGGGAGCCACGUGAUCAUUUUAGGAGACAUAAAUACAUCUCACCAGGCAAUAGACCACUGUGACCCCAGUGAUAUUGAGGAUUUUAACGAAAACCCUGGAAGGAAAUGGCUGAAUGGCUUUUUGCUCGGUGUCAGACAGGAAGAGGAAAGGAAUGAGGACAAGCCUGAUGAAGAAUCUGACGUAACUUCAGCAGAUCCCAGCCAUGGGGGAAAAUUUGUGGAUACCUUUCGCUACUUCCACCCAACUCGAGCUAAUGCCUUCACAUGCUGGUCCACUAUGACUGGAGCUCGGCAGACCAAUUACGGUACACGCAUUGACUAUAUAUUCGCAGAUUACCAGCUAGCCAAUGAGUGUUUUAUAUCAGCAGAUAUCAUGCCAGAGGUGGAGGGGUCAGACCACUGCCCUGUGUGGGGGCAGCUGAACUGCUCUCUCCUGCCCAGCUCUAAGCCUCCUCCCCUCUGUACCCGCUACCUGCCGGAGUUUGCUGGCAAGCAGCAAAAACUCUCCCACUUCUUUGUCAAGGUGCAACAAAAAUCAAGUCAGCCUGAGCAGAGGGAUGCAUUACCUGCAUCUCAAGAAGAGGAUGAAAGGAGGGAGAAUUUAAACCCAUUCGGAGCUGGAAACACCUCUGGUAAAAAACGGUUAUUAACAUUAACAUCGGACUCUAAUAUCCCAAAAGUUAAAAAGACCAAGACUUCUUCAAAGCCGCAGGGCAGUCUCCUGUCCUUUUUCAAACCCAAACUCACAAAUGUCAUUCCCUCUACUGAAGCACCUGCCAGGCAGUGUGAAAAAACACUGGAUGAAGUUGCAUCAUCACAAAACUCCCAAAAAGCAUCUAGAGAGGAUGUGUCUUCCUUCGUGAGCAGUGAACCUGAAGAUACUAUGCCUGUGUUUGAUUCACCGCAGCUGUGCCCAAGCGGCACCACAGAGGAAAUUGAAAAACCGACAAAGACAAAACCCUUAACACCUCUGCCCAGUGUGGGACAUUCAGCUGCCAAGAAGGGAGCAUCGUCGGUGUUUUGGAAGUCAGUGCUUCGUGGACCACCCCCACCACCCUCCUGUAAGGUCCAUGGGGAGCCCUGUGUGCUUCGUACUGUAAAAAAAGAAGGACCCAACAUGGGCAAACAGUUCUUUGUGUGUGCUCGUCCUCAGGGACACGCCUCCAACCCUGACGCUCGGUGUAAUUUCUUCAUGUGGGUUGACAAGGGGAAGUGACAGGUUUACUGUGUGGAACACAAGUUGUUUUUCCUUUACUGAGACUCCUACACGGAUGUCUCAAAGUCACAGAUUGAUUGAUUGAUUGAAUGAUUUUUUUCCUUUAAUAAACAAUAAAGACAAUAGUUUUGUA